CUUCCCUUUCCUCCUCUGUUCUUCACUAAAAAGAAAUUUACAAACUUUAUCUUCUACUUGACGAAUCUCUGAUCUGAGUUUUAAUUAAUCACUCUUGAUUUACGAGUUUUCACCUGGACAAGAAUCUUUACUUUUGAGAUUUCAUCUUCCCUCUCCCAUCCCUUAGACUCGAGAGCUCAAUGGAGAACGAGCUGUUUAUGAAUGCGGGAGUUUCACACGCGCCGGUGAUGACGACGUCACCGUCUUCUUCCUCGGCGAUGCUCAACUGGGUUUCGACACUGCCUAUAGACCCGAGUCUCAGUCGCAAUCUAUCGCGGGACUGUUUGUUCUGGGAAAAGUCAACGGAACAGAGCGUCUUCGAUUCGGCUCUAAGCUCACUCGUCUCUUCACCGACGCCCUCGACUUCUAACUUUUCCGGCGGUGGUGGGGAAAAUUUCAUCAUCAGAGAGCUAAUCGGGAAAUUGGGUAACAUCGGCGACAUCUACGGAACUCCGGCGAGCAACGGAAACGUCUCCGGCUCGUGUUACGCAACUCCGAUGAGCUCUCCACCGCCUAGACAUAUGAUGACGGUGGCGAAACCGCCGACCCCCUUGGUUGAAUUCUCCGGCGAUUCGGGUUUCGCGGAGAGAGCGGCAAGGUUCUCUUGUUUCGGCAGCCGGAGUUUCAACGGGAGAACAAACUCACCGUUUCCGAUAAACAACGCACCCGUCGCAACCAAUGAGAAACUGCCACGUAUCUCUAGCACUCCAGCUCUCAAGCCUCUCGCAUCUCAGGUUCCAGCCGGAGAAUCUUCCGGCGAAAUAUCCCGGAAAAGAAAAACAAAGUCCAAGCAGAACUCUCCGUCCACAGCUUCACCAACCAAGGAGGUUGAAGCAGAAAAGGAAGAUUCUGAUCGAAAGAGAAGCAAGAAGACAGAAGAAAAUGAAGACAAAACGAAAUCAGUUGAUCCGUACAAAGAUUACAUUCAUGUCAGAGCUCGUCGAGGCCAAGCCACGGACAGUCACAGUCUCGCCGAACGAGUUCGAAGAGAGAAAAUAAGCGAAAGAAUGAAGCUGCUUCAAGAUCUUGUCCCUGGAUGCAACAAGGUUACUGGGAAAGCACUGAUGUUGGAUGAAAUUAUAAACUAUGUCCAAUCAUUGCAACGACAAGUUGAGUUCUUGUCGAUGAAGUUAUCGUCAGUGAACACCAGGCUGGACUUUAACAUGGACGCUUUCAUGUCAAAGGAUAUAUUUCCUUCAAGCAACAACAAUGUAAUGCAUCAGCAGCAAGUUGUACUUCAACUAGAUUCUUCAGCAGAAACCUUAUUGGGUGAUCACCACAUUACAAACUUGAACCCUAGAGUUUCUUCCAAUAAUAACCUAUCGGAAACUUCUGAAACUAGAACCUUCAUUUCUCACUUACCAACAACACUUGCUCAUUUCACUGACUCCACUUCUCAGUAUUCAACAUUUUCUGAAGAUGAUUUACAUAGCAUUAUUCAUAUGGGUUUUGCUGCUCAAAACCGGAUCAGUGAAUCGAACCAAGGUCCAUCAAACCAAGUACCGUCGAACACGAAAGCUGAACUUUGAACCAUUAUUUGCAUUUUUUUCUACAAAAAUAUUGGAGUUCUAAAAGGGCUUAACGGAUAGAAAGUAAGAAAAGGAUUGAUGGGUGUACAUAACAAGAAGCUUGAAUUGGACCACACCAUUUGCAAAUUCAUUUCUUUGAUCAUCUUCAUUUACUAUAUAGUUUCCUCUUUUUUAUCAUUUGUGGUACUCGAUUUCAUUGUCAUAUCUAUCCGCUAUUAUUAUUAUCAGCUUCUAUAAGCUUUUACUGUUUC